GCGAUUUUAUUCGAUAAUUUCUUCGGAAGGUAAUGUAAUGUAUAUAUCAUUUACUUUAUUACGUGUGUGCAUGAUAAAGAAAUUUUGAUUAUACGUGAAAAAAACAAGAAUCCCCAUGGAGUAUUGUCCGCCGAACGUUACUUUGGGCGAAAUAUGGAUAGAUCAUGGGAUAUCACAAUGUUUUAUGGAGACAGUUUCUGCUGCCGUCAUAGGUGGCUUUUUAUUGGUAUUUGGGACAAUACAAAUUGUUAUGUAUAAAAGAUAUGCUACAGAAGUAAUAGAUGUUCGAUCGUCAAAAUUAUUUUUGGUGCAAUUAUUUUUCACACUUUUUGUACCUGUAUUGGCUGUUGUGAGAUUUCUUUUACAAGCCUUUGUAUUCAAAGGAGGACAUAUCUAUGGAUAUAUGAUAUUAGCUGUAGUGGUAAAUCUUAUAGUUUUUCCACUAUCAGCACAUUUAGCUGUGAUUGAAAGGCGGUAUCUUCUACCGUCGGUACCACCGAGGGGCCAUGGAUUUGUGCUGCUCGUAUUCUGGGCUAUGAUAUUUGUAUCAGAAAAUUUAUCAUUUUUAAAUAUCAACAAAGAAGGAUGGUGGUGGCAUUUAAAAGAUCUCCAAGAUCGUUUGGAAAUGUCGCUCUUCGUCGGUCGCUAUGUCUCCUGUAUGAUAAUGUUUAUUCUUGGAAUGAAAGCUCCUGGUAUAAUGCAUCAGUUUGAAUACCUUGAAAGCGAUGAUGGAAAUCGUAGGAACAUUCCCCCUAGGGAUGACAAUAGAUCGACUUUCCGCAAUGUGUUCGGCAAACUUCGUACACUGUUGCCUUUCCUCUGGCCUAGGAAGAGCCUGUGCUUACAAAUAUACGUGUUUAUCUGUAUACUUGCACUGCUAGCCGGACGAGUGAUCAACUUAUAUGUACCUAUUUAUAACAAAAGAAUUGUUGACAGUCUUUCAAUACCGCCUCUGUACUUCCGAUGGGACCUCGUUGUGAUUUACGUGUUCUUCAAGUUUUUGCAAGGCGGCGGCACGGGGGGGAUGGGCCUGUUGAACAACCUUCGCUCGUUCCUGUGGAUAAGAGUUCAACAAUAUACAACGAGAGAAUUGCAGUUAGAAUUAUUCCGACAUUUACACGAUUUGCCCCUCAAAUGGCAUUUAUCAAGGAAAACUGGUGAAGUGCUUCGGGUGAUGGACAGGGGUACUGAUUCCAUAGACAAUCUACUGUCAUACAUUCUGUUCUCGAUAACGCCGACCAUUGUGGACAUCAUAAUAGCUGUAAUCUACUUCAUAACAGCAUUCAAUGUGUGGUUUGGGCUCAUUGUUUUCUCAACAAUGGUGCUUUACAUAAUCGCAACAAUAGCAGUCACAGAAUGGCGUACAAAAUUCCAGCGAAGGAUGAAUCUAGCCGACAAUGAACAAAAAGCCCGUUCCGUUGACUCGCUCCUCAACUAUGAAACCGUCAAGUACUAUGGCGCUGAAUCCUACGAAGUGGUGUCAUAUAAAGAUGCCAUUGUAAAUUAUCAAAAAGAAGAAUUUAAAUCCUUGAUAACUCUUAACAUGCUUAAUACGAUGCAGAAUAUUAUUAUCUGUGCUGGUUUGAUGGCCGGUUCGUUGCUGGCAAUUUCAAUGGUCGUCAAAACUUACGAAUUAACAGUUGGAGAUUACGUUCUGUUUGCGUCAUAUAUUGUUCAGUUGUAUGUUCCGCUGAACUGGUUCGGAACUUAUUAUAGGGCAAUACAAAAGAACUUCGUGGACAUGGAAAACAUGUUCGACCUGAUGCGCGUGGACUCCGACGUGCGCGACGCGCCGGGCGCGCCCGAGCUGCUCGUGCGGCGCGGCGGGCUCGAGUUCAAGCACGUGUCGUUCGGCUACGGGCCCGAAAGGCUCGUCCUCAACAACGUCAGUUUCAAGGUCGCGCCGGGCUCGACCGUCGCCUUGGUGGGCCCGAGCGGCGCGGGCAAGUCGACGGUGAUGCGGCUGCUGUUCCGCUUCUACGACGUGAACGAGGGCGCCGUGCUGGUGGACGGGCAGGACGUGCGCACCGUGACGCAGGCCUCGCUGCGCGCCGCCGUGGGCGUCGUGCCGCAGGACACCGUGCUCUUCAACAAUUCCGUCCGCUAUAACAUUCAGUACGGAAAGCUAACUGCCACCCCAGCGGACAUAAUUUCAGCGGCGAAGAACGCCGACAUUCAUGACAGAAUACUAACAUUCCCUGAUGCGUACGAUACACAGGUUGGUGAACGAGGACUGCGUUUGAGUGGCGGUGAGAAGCAGAGAAUUGCUAUUGCGCGAACUAUUCUCAAAGAUCCUGCAAUUGUUCUGCUCGAUGAAGCUACUUCUGCAUUGGAUACCAAUACGGAGAGGAAUAUACAGGCGGCUCUGGCGCGCGUCUGCGCGAACAGGACUACACUUAUAAUCGCUCACAGAUUGUCGACUAUUGUGCAUGCAGAUGAAAUUCUUGUACUCAAAGAUGGUGAAAUUAUCGAAAGAGGAAGUCACGAGUCGUUGCUAGCUCAAUCCGGAUUCUAUGCAUCGAUGUGGCAACAACAACUCGAAUCCAGGAAUAUCGUCAACGGCAACAACGAAACCAACGCUGAAGGCAACAACAAUAACAACAACCAACGAGCGCCGAGCCAGCCGAACGGCCUGAGCAUGUUCGGUCACGGGCACGGCCACGGACAUUAGAAGCUUAAGAAUAUAAAUUAUGGGGUGCUAAAAGAAUCUUGUUGGAUCAAAAAACAUUUUUCUCAUUUUGGAUUUUGUGGAUACGGUUUUGGAGAUGUUCUUUGUGGAGUGGAGUUCCGAAUACAGUAUAUUUAAUUAUUGAUGAUUUUGAAUGUUUUUUUUAAUAGAUUCACGAUUAACGUAAUUUUGUAUAUUUCACACAGUUUUGGGCUUAGCUGAGUGUUGCAUUAUAGACUAUAUACUUAUAACAAUAAGACCACAGUGUAAAAUACAUAGCCGUUGUUGAUUGGGGAAUAAUUAGUAGAAUUUAUUAUGUACCAAGAAUGAUCCUACUUUGCGAGCAGAGAAUGAUUGUUUGCUUAGAAUACAAAGAGAGUGGUUUUUACUCAAGCUUCGAAUUACUUAUCGCAUCACAUUAUAUUAUAAGAUCCCUCAAAUGUAAAUUGUAAGGUCUAGUACGGAAUAUCGUUAUUCGUAAUUCAAUUUAUAUCGAAUAUUUGAUAGCUGAAAUUUUUGGACUAACACAAAUUUAUUUAUAGGCUAUCUUAUCGCGGGUCGAAAUUGAACAUCCAAUGGACCGUUCGCGGCAUCCAUGGACCAAUAAAACGGUCCAUAGUUUAUAGUUGGUAUUCAAGUUUUGUAUAUACGUAUGUACAUGCCAUAGCUUCGAAUUCUCUGCCUUUGAUAUCUCGUAACAAUGUAUAGAACGGUGCCAUUAUUGACUGAUCGAUUGUACGUAUGUUACAAUUUGUGAUAUGAAUGAGUUUGUACAUAAAUAGAACAUAGAACAAAAAUAAUUCAAUAUAUAUAUGAUAACAUUGUGAUGUUGUUACCGUGUUGUACCUUGUAGUAUUAAAUAUAUUGUGAAGGGAAAUUUUAUGUGCAAUUUCAAUUAUAUUAAAUUGUUUCUUUUUA